GGCGGUACAGUAUAACAGAAGCAUACAGAUCGGGGACCGACGGUGGAUGGGGAAAGGCAGUAGCCGCAGCAGCAGCAGUCGGACGUACCGACCGAAGGAUGCUCCAGCACCAUGACUUGCUCGGCGUCAGAUAGCGAGAAGAUCGUCAUCAACUGCGGUGGGAUUCGACACGAGACCUACCGGAGCACCCUAAAGACGUUGCCGGGGACGCGCUUGUCUUGGCUGACAGAGCCCGACGCCUACAGCAACUUCGACUACGAUCCCAAGUCCGACGAGUUCUUCUUUGACCGCCACCCGGCCACCUUCGCCUUCAUCCUCAACUACUACCGUACCGGCAAGCUCCACUGCCCCAACGAUGUCUGCGGGCCGCUCUUCGAGGAAGAGCUUGCCUUCUGGGGCAUCGAUGAGACGGACGUGGAGGCGUGCUGCUGGAUGAAUUACCGACAGCACCGUGAUGCAGAAGAAGCCCUGGACAGCUUUGAAACCCCCGAACCGGAUCCACCCGAGGACGACCCUGCACUCACCGGCGGAGCGGAUGGCGACCUGAAACGUCUGUGCAUGCAGGAGGACGGCCGCAGGGCGACAUGGUGGGAGGUGUGGCAGCCCAGGAUGUGGGCGCUGUUUGAGGAUCCCUACUCCUCCAAAUAUGCCCGGUAUGUGGCUUUUGCCUCACUCUUCUUCAUCCUGCUCUCCAUCUCCACAUUCUGCCUGGAGACCCAUGAAGCCUUCAACACCAUCUACAACAAAACAGAGAAUGUCACCGUCGGCAACGUGACACGUGAAGAGAUUGUAUAUGAGGUGGUCACAGACAGCUGGCUCACAUAUGUCGAGGGCGUCUGCGUCAUCUGGUUCACCAUUGAAGUAAUGGCACGCGUCAUCUUCUGUCCUGACAAGGCAGAGUUCUUCCGCAGUGCCCUGAACAUAAUAGACUUUGUGGCAAUUGUGCCCUUUUACCUGGAGGUGGCGCUGAGUGGCCUAUCCUCCAAAACAGCCAAAGACGUUCUGAGCUUCCUGCGUGUUGUACGCUUUGUCCGUAUCCUACGUAUAUUCAAGCUGACCCGCCACUUUGUUGGUUUACGUGUGCUGGGCCACACUCUGCGCGCCAGCACCAAUGAAUUCCUGCUGCUCAUAAUCUUCCUGGCACUAGGUGUCCUCAUCUUUGCUACCAUGAUCUACUAUGCUGAACGUAUUGGUGCUGACCCAGAUGAUCCAACAGCUGCAGCCCACACCAACUUUAAGAACAUCCCCAUCGGCUUCUGGUGGGCUGUGGUGACCAUGACCACGCUGGGAUAUGGGGAUAUGUAUCCUGAAACAUGGUCAGGAAUGCUCGUGGGUGCCCUCUGCGCCUUGGCUGGGGUGCUGACAAUUGCCAUGCCAGUGCCUGUCAUCGUCAAUAACUUUGGCAUGUACUACUCCCUGGCCAUGGCUAAGCAGAAACUCCCCAAGAAGAGGAACAAGCACAUCCCGAGGGCGCCACAGCCAGGCAGCCCAAACUAUUGUAAGCCAGAUGCCCUGGCAAUGGCGACAGCAUCUCCUCACAGGUUGAUGGGAAAUGUGCUCGGGCCUGGCAUGGUGGGAUCUGGCAGCAUGAUGGGUACUGGAGACUGCCCAUUAGCACAGGAGGAGAUCAUUGAGAUCAACAGGGCAGACUCCAAGCAGAACGGUGAUGCAGCAGCUAAUGCUGCGGCUCUGGCCAAUGAGGACUGCCCUACCAUUGACCAGGUCCUGGGAGACGAGCGUAGCCCGGCCACCGGUGGGCUAGGCUCCACCACCAGCCGUGAGCGCUACCCGCACGACCGGGCGUGCUUCCUGCUGAGCGCAGGGGAGUUUCAGCGCACAACAGACGGAAACGUUCGAAAAGGGCUUACCACCAUGACAGGCACCAACCACUUUGCAGCUACAGCUCCUUCCGGCAGCCUCAGCAAUGGAGGUGCAGACUCAAUGUCCCCAACCUCCCUCAGAAUGCUGUUGAAGUUCUGCUGGAGGUAUAGCUCUCUUAACCUGUGCCCAUCUGUAUCUGGUCACCCAUGCUUUCUCAGAUAUGACAAACUGAAGGACUAG